UAUGACAUGAUGUCAUGUAUUGCCGACACAUGACUGCUAUAGAUAUAAUCAAUGUUUUGAAGUAAAAGAAAUGGAAAAUCCUAUUAGGUAAUGUUAUAACAUACUAGUCGGGAUUUUGUAAUAAAGAACUACUGUUCUUGACUCAUUGCAUUCCUUUGUGUUUAGACGAUACUUGUGAAUUCAUCAUCUUUAUGCGGAAAUUUUGGUUUUUCAUUUGAGAUAAAUAUAUUUACAUAUAACGAAAUUUCUGGGAAUUUUCCGUUGAUAAAGAAUAUAUAAAUGGUAGACAAAAAUUCAUUGUUAUAAUGAAAUACGAUGAGCUCCCAUGACAACGUGGAUGAGGGAGAAAGGCUAGAAAUCUUCGGAUACGGAUCUCUUUUAUGGAAACACGACUUUAAAUUUUCAGUAAAGGAGAACGGGUACAUUGUAGGAUUUCAGAGGAAAUUCUGGCAGCAGAAUAAAACUCAUCGAGGAACACCUGAAAAGCCAGGGAGGGUUGCCAUUUUGCAUGAAUCCCACGAUGAGGACAAAGUAUGGGGAAUAAAGUUUAGUGUAGUUGGAUCCACUGAUGUCCAGGAAGCCAGAGAGAAACUAAACAUCAGAGAAACUGUUUUAGGUGGAUAUAUAUCCACUUACACAACAUUCUACAGUGAAACUGGUGUUCAGUGCAGUGUGUUGGUUUUUACUGCCACUAAUGAAAACGAUCUCUACGUGGGGCCUAUUUCCAGUAAUAUGGAUGAGGACAUUGAAUACAUCGCGGAACAAGUAAUCAGGUCGUGCGGCUUCGCCGGAACUAACGCUGAAUACGUUAUCAAGCUAGCCGACUUUGUACGAAACAACUUUCCACAAGAAAAUGACGAACACUUAUUUCUACUGGACAAAAGUGUUAAGGAAAAGAUGGAAGAAAAUCAAUAAUUACAUGCAUAAAUGAUAAACGAUUUUAUGUUUCUAUGCAUAUAUGUGGAUGGAUGAAUAGAUAUACUAGCAAUUCAUAUAUUCAAUUUAGUCGCAAACUAAUUGCAGCAUGAUUGUAAAGGAUACACAAAGAGUACACCUCAAAAGUUCACCAACAUCGCUGAAGCGAAGAGUAUCAUUUCAAUAGCGAGAUUUACCAGUGAGUAAAGGGCAUUAUUGCCAAUCAGACUGUCUGAUUGAAAGAUCAGUUUAUUCAAGACUGGGUAUCUAAAUUUAAAGAAUCUUCUUAAGGCAUAAACUUACAGACUUUUUUUACAAAUUUUACUUUUAAGUGUCAAGGAUAUAUAUUGUCAAAUAUUUCGAUACAUAAGCAACGUAUAUUAACCGGGUUUAGAACCACAAAUCAUAAAUUACCCAUAGGAACGGGAAGGUGGCUAGAUAUAGAUCGGUAUCAAAGAAAAUGUAAUGUUUGCAAUUUUGAUAUUGGAGAUGAAACGCAUUAUAUUUUUAUUUGUCCUGCUUUAAAUGAUAUUAGACGACAUUAUAUACCAGAAAUAUUUCAUAGUUAGACCUAAUGUUAUAAAAUUUCAUAAUCUAUUUGCAACCAAUAAUGAAAAAUUACUUUUAAAAUUGUCUAAAUACAUACAAUUAAUUACCGCGAGAAUAAACCCUCAGAGUUAAAUGUGGAUAUAGUCUAUCAUUGUACUUAUUUAUUAUCAAGAUUGUGAUAUAUAUUUAUAUGAAUUACUUGUGCAUGCGUGAAUAUUGUUUUUGAAUGCUUGUUUAAUAUGUUCUGUAUGUUUUGUUAACAGCGAAUGAGAAAAAUAAAGCUUGAUGCAUAUUUUCCCUA